AUGUCUUCCACAAAGAAUGCAGACCAUGAGGGUGAUUCAGCCGUCUCCUUCUAUGACAUUGAGGAUGAGCUAAAAGCACAGAAGGAGAAAAAGGGUGGUUGUGUGGGCUGCCUGCGCGACAAUCUUUUCGUGAUUUUCAUCCUACUUGGAGUGGUUGUGGGAUUUGGUAUUGGUUUUGGCGUGAGAGAGCUGAAACCCUCUGCUGAGGCAAUUGUGUGGAUCGGUAAGAUUUUCCUCCAUUUGGUCAUUCCCCACCACCUAAUCAUACCCGUUUUAAACUCCAUGAAUAAACUCAAUUAUUGUAUUCCACUCAAAAAACAAACUGCAUUUUGCUCUUCCUUUGCAAUAUAAGGCAUUCAUUUGAAUCUGAAGUUUCUUCUGUUUUCAAUGGACCGAAAAGCCGAUACUUAUGCUAGAGGAGACGAAGAAUAGCAUGUUUUUCAGAACAAUGUUAACCGCUCCUUGCCCACGUGUUAUCUUAGUUUAACGUGGGUUGUACCAAAAGCUGCGUCGCGGUACUUGAACCAGUUAUCGUUACCAGAUUUGCCAAAACACGUUAAAACAGAGGAAAUUUUAGCUUCAUGCGACGGGACGCUUUUGUAGAAGAAAAACAUUGAAGAUAGCACUCAUGGUAGCAACUAAUAACACGUAUGUUAGUGACUCGAAAUUCACCCGAGUUUGAAAGCAAACAGCCACAAAUAGGGAUGUGCCUCCUCAUUUUUUAUAGUCAGCUGAGUUAUUAGAAUUAUACUGAAAUUACUUCUUUAGGCCUAAAUGUCUGCUCUAUGUUUAGCGAUGCCGGGCAACAUUUACAUCCGACUUCUUCAGCUAACCAUCCUACCACUUAUCGCUUCCAACCUCAUUGUCGGUAAGUUAGCUUAUUAAUGAAAACUGGAUUUUGCUUCUCCUUUAUCUCCUUCCAUUGAAUCUGAAUGAAAACCUGUCAUCUGAAGAAACGGAGGGUUGAUAUAAACUUUAGGCAUGUCUUUCCUAAGUUAAAAACAAAACUAUGGUACUUUGGUCAGCCUCCACCUAAAAGGUGUUGGGGAAAAUAUCGUUGUCAUCUGCUAUAUGCUAAUCACUUUACGCAUCCCGAUCGGUGUUCGUUGAAUAUCCAUGCCUUCGUGUAAUUUAUUAAAUGCCAGGUUGUCUCGCGCUUAGACGCCAGUCUCGUAAUCAUAAUCAAGAUAAGAGAAGUCGAUGGUACCUAAGGAUAAGGAACAACGAACCGAUAAAGGUGGAAGCCAUAUCUGAACUCAUCUUGCAGACUUUCCGUUGACUUCUAAUCCUACCGAGUCACCAGUAAUGAAUGCCUUCAAAAACAAUGGAUCCAAAGAUAUACUGGGCUGCUGAUUAGUCCAAAUUAUCCUUUAUGUUCAUGCGUGAACUGUCGAAGACCAACUGGCGGUGGGCAUUAUGACCGUGAACGGACAAAAGUUUGCUACGAAGCGACGAACCAGUAAAUUUAAAGCACAUUAGGAUAAUACCCCCGACCUAAUUAUCUGCCGGGCCGGAUCUUAUUUCGUAGCCGUACCUGCAUUAGACAACUCCCAGCCUAAUCCCUAACCCUGACCCUUAAUCCCCAAUCCCUAAUAAGAUCUUGCCGUCUGCCGUUCUCUCCUGUGUUUCAAAAAUUGCCUGUAGCCUAGAAAUUUCAUGAAAAUUAUAUCAUUUUCGAAGAAGGAGACACCAUCGCUGGAACAAGAGCUUUAUUAGCCUGACGUUUCGGAUUCCUGCUCCAACCCACCAUCAGAGACAAAGGCAAAUACGAGUGGUUCAUGCACAAGGGGCUGAGUAUUUAUAGGAUGCACUCGCCAUGCUAUCGCAUACCUAUGAAUAUUCACGGUCCCCCCUUCAUCAGGGAUCGUUGCACUUGCCUCGGCAAGAAACGUCUGGAGUCGUUUAUUGGAUCUGGCUCGAUUGCGGACAAAGCAACAACGCGGAGAAACCGAAGGACAGCUCUGAACGAGAAUGGCCGAACACGCUGCAGCGGUGCGGAUAAAUGACGCCAGCUCUCAAGUUGCGGCUCAUUUGACGAGAUCCGGCCACACAUUCAAAUUCGAUGAGGCCGAAAUUCUCACAAGAGGUGACAACCGCGUGAGCCGGGAGCUGCUUAAGUCAUGGUUCGCUGGCUCCCCGUCCAUCAACAAGUGCAACAACCUUCCCCUUCCAUAUUCCGUGCUGAGACUUCGUCUGGGCGGAGUAAUUAACCAUGCGGGGAGCGCACAGGUGGGAACCUUUCCCAGCACCAGGGUCGGUGCGUCAGAUGGUUGGGCAAUCAUAACACCAACAUUCAACGCACGUGAUGAGAUUGCAGCCAUUAACGACACGAAUGUCGGCCAUCAAACAGUCGUCACACAAAGUGCAACGAUCCCUGGUGAAGGGGGGAGCCGUGAAUAUUUAUAGGUAUGCGAUAGCAUGACGACUGCAUCCAAAAAAUACUGCAGCCCCUUGUGCAUGAACCACCCAUACAUGCUUCUGUCUCUGAUGAUGGGUUCGAACAGGAAUCCGAAAUGUCAGGGUAAUAAAGCUCCUGUCCCAGCGAUCAUGUCUUCUUCUUCUUCAAGACUGCUUCCUGGGACGCAUCUCUUCGCUUCUAUUGGCUAUAUCAUUUUCUUUGUAUCAUUCCGACCGAGAUCGUGUCCAUAAGCAACGAAAAAAUAUGGAAAAUUUACGAAAAUCAUAAAAAAGUUAUUUUACAUUGACACAUACGAUUUCGUUUCCGCUUAUUUUACUUUUAGUCAUUUCGUCGUUGGACUCCAAGGAACAAGGGCUUAGCAGUCUGCUGACAGUAGCAUACAUUCUUUGUUUUAAUAUUGCUGGGGCUGCAGUAGGUACCGCCUUCGCUACGUUAAUUAAGCCAGGUUUGUCCACUAUCUGUAGCACUGUUUUUUUUUAAUUUAUGCAUGCCUUUUCAACCAUCACGACUAAUUUGAUAUUUAUUUUUUUAAAAAACACGUUUUCUGCUACAUAAAACUGGGAGCAUCCAACCAAAACUCCCGAAUAACUGUCGAUGCAAGACUGCCGAAAUUUAUAGUUUCAUGGCCUCCGUGAAAUAUGCCGCGUUCAGUAACCCCGUAGGUCUGCCUACAUUACUAUCCUUCCUUAGCAAAAUCUCCCUUGUUGAGGAGAAAUCCGAAAUAAAGAAGCGUUACCGACAUUAAACGCAUAUCUGAAGCAUUCUGAAACUCAGAUUCACACUAAAAGUCAUAAAGCCCGGACCAGAAUCUUUCAGUCUGUCUCUAAAGGGCAGAAUUUAUUUAUGCCACUUCGCAAUACUGACCACAAUGGAGCAGCACGAUGGCAUAUAGUCGUGCAUUUGUAUACACACGGCGUACACCACACCACGAAAAAGCGCAGUUCAUUUAAAGCAUUGCAUAGUUUAUUUUUUUAAGAAUACGUUUCUUAAAACUCAUUAUGAGUCGAUAUCUGAUAGCACGUUAUGUCUCCCAAAUUUAUCCUAAUAGACAGGUGUACAUUUUUCUAGUUUAUCCUCUCAAGAUUAUGACACUAUUUCAUAUCCUGGAAUAUGUUUUGUUUUUAACUGUUUUUAAGUCAGCAAUUUAACCCAGGUUUAUGCAGCCGUGUAUAUUGAAGUCGAAGAUAUUUGAGUAAAUAAGAAGCUGGAUUCAAUAAAACAUCUACAUCGGUUACUUUUUUCCACUUCGUUACACGUAUCACCUGUGCAAAACAGUUUUAAAAAGGAUAUAACAAUUUAGACGUGCCUAGGUUUUACGUCAACGUGCUUAUGCAUCAAGGAUCGUUUGCCCUUGUCGCGGCUGCUAGAGCCAUAAGCAGGACGUAACCACCACGACAUUCAUGCCGGUCCCUAUUAGGAAGAGGUUUGAACGCCAGUUGUGAGGACACCGUACUCUUUACAGAAGGAUUUGAGGACUGGUUAGAAUAAGUUGACAGUCGGACGAAAAAGCGUCCGGCCCCGUGAGAGCGGUGAGUCGAGAGACAGUGGGGAAUGCGUCACAGCGUCUGGAGCGAGAAAACGCCCGAGUCGGCCUGGAAUAGGAGUGGCCGAUUUGCACAGCCAUGUAUGGCCGUGAGCGAGACGACCACUGCUGCGCACGUGCAAGUACUCGUGGGAAUGGCAGCGUUGUGGCAGUCGCUCGGAGUGGGGCCGCAUUACCCUAAACUGUCAUCCUUAUCAGAUAGGCCAGCGUCUCCCACUCAUCCUUGAUAUUUUCUGUACGAAACAUCUAUAAUACGUGGGCUAACUCAUGAAAUGUUAACGGAAUUCCGAAGUGCGUUUUCGUUUAGAAAAGACUAAUUAAGUAAGGUUGAAAAAUAGUCAGCAUGCAACACUAUUCUAUAAUAUGUCACUUACCUCAGUAUGCCGGCUCUCGAACGAACUUCUUUCCAGCUGCAUGUAAAAACUACACUCUAUAAAAAUGAUUGCUUAAGUAGCAAGAAUUUUUCUCAUUGAUUUUCGAUGUCCCUAAAAGUUCAAUUCUAAGUCAUGGACAAAAUGGAUAAAAUAUUCAUUCUUCUGCUCAUUCGGUAGAAACGUACGUCUUCUUCCAAUUUUAUACUCGAAGGAGGGACAUAAUUCGGUUUUAAAAAAGUUUUCAAUUGCGGAGCUUUUAAAAACGGUGAAAUGGCCGUUCAUAAAUCGCCAUGUAACUGCAUUUACCAAUGUGGCUUGUACAGUUAACAAUAUGGAUCAAAUCCACUGCAAUAUUUUAUGAACCCUAUAUAGUCCGCCUUUAUUACCGUAGAGAAAUGUAUGGUUUUCUGUACGCGGAAAUGAUGCGGCUUGUAGGUUGGAAACCCUGCAUCCAACUGUAACGGUAGAGCAGGUUCAAAAUUAAUCGUGAAUUAGAAAAGUUUUUGAAAUCCGAAUUAUACCCUCCUUUUCAGUGGAAGAUUGGAAGAAGACGUAAUUUUCUACGGAAUGAGCAAAAGAAUUAAUAUUUUAUCAAUGUUUUCCAUGACAUAUAAUUGGACAUUUAGGGAAAACGAAAAUCAGUAAGAAAAAUUCUUUCUACGUAAGUAGUCAUUUUUACAGUGUUGUUUUUGCAUGCAGCCGGAAAGAAAUUCGUUCGAGAGCCGGCAUCCUGAGGUAACUGAAAUAUUAUAGAAUUAUGUUGCAUGCUAACUAGUUUUAAGCCCUGCUUUAUUGGUUUCUUUAAACGAAAACGCCUUUCGGAAUUCCCGUUGACAUUUCAUGAAUUAGCCCACCUACUGCAAAUCGAGAGCCGACUGAUGCAAUUUCAGUCCGAGUGUAUGAUCACGAGAAGUUCGCCGUCGGAUUUGUUAAAAAAGACUGAAGAGUAAUCCUGUGUUCUUGCAUAUCAGUGACUUUCUUCCUGAGAUCACGAUGCGAAAAAUAGAUGGAACAGAUUUAAUUUAUUUUGCGCUAAAUUAUUUAAUGUUUGCUUGCAUUGUCAUUUGAAAAAGUUUUCCAAAUCUUGGAAUGUACCGUCACGGAAGUUGUAAAAGCCUUUCGCUUUUAAAUAUAGUUAUAAAGAGCAGAGCGGAUGGAACAUUACAUUCGACAGUUUACAGCACCAAACUCAUACAAAAGCCAUCCCAACCUACAAGAGCAACGAUCUUGUAUUUCACAAACGAAAUACAGUCGACGAUGUAUUUAGGAGUGAAAAAGCGCUUACCCCGACAACGAAAGUUAUGAAUAUAACUACAUCGUUCGUUUAAACAAUUUCCUUAAAAUUGAGGCCGGCAGUAGGGGAGCAAUGGCACCCGACCAAACUGGCCAUGCGUGUCUCUAAUUCUGAAUGCACCUUCUCGUGGGAUCGAAGUUACACUGUUGGCGUCUGCCCCUCCCCGAAUUGUCCAUAAUUUCUCGAAUACACAUAUUCAGGCGAAAUAUACAUCAAUCGGUAUAUCGAUCCGGUUGGUGCGUACAGAAAAAUGUUGAGAGGAAUGGAAAAGUCGACAGAUUCUCAAAAGAAUAGGGUGGUAUAUAAUGGAUGCAUAAAGCCGGAAACUGCAGAUAUUUAUUAACUACGUAUUCGCCACUGAGGUGUUAAUCCUUUUGAACAUUUGCUGAAAGUUCGAAUAUGAACGGAUACACGGCUGUACAUUUGUGUGCAGUAAACGUUUUUAAAAGAGUCAUAUUUUAUUUAACUUGCAGUAAUAGGAAUGCCCGUCUUUCAGCAUGCAUGCCAUUAUUUUUGGAUGUUAUUAAAUCUCUUCAUAAAUUACGUAGGAGGUGAAAUAUACGCUUAGGCGAAUGCGUCUAAAAUGCGACUUAAAAACCUAAAGCACAUUCGAAAAGGCUGGUUGGGCUCCACAGUUAACCGGGAGUAAUUGCCUUUUGGACCCUAAAUGUUCCUUCAUGGUAGCUUUUUGUGAAAAAAAUUACAGAAAGGAUAUAGUAAAUGAAGUUAUUAUGAAUACUUUGUAAACAUUUGCUCAAACUUAACAAAUAGCUGGAAAUGGACGUUAAAAGUAUACGUCAAUUACGCAGAGUUUUGACUGUAAUUUAGGCGGUAAACUGAAAACUUGCUUUGCCGAUGACCAGCAUCCCGUAGUGGACAAAGUAACCUAAAGGUGUAUGCUAUUAAAAUCCCUUUUACAAUUUCAUUUAAACUAACUUUUCCGCUUGAUAACUAAUUUGAGGAUCCCGAUACAUGUUUUGAAAACAUCGGCACUUUUACAGUCGUGUGAGCCUUAGAUAUAUGUAAGAAGGCUUCCGAAGGUUAUUGCAAUGUCUACUUAAAAGAGCCUAAAUUUUAGUGUGUAAAGUUGAGAGAACAGAAUGUCCGUUGCUUUUGGGCAAAGAAGAGAUCAGUUUAAAUUCUCCCCUUCGAGGAUUACUUAAUUUCCCAUAGUUAAUUUGAAGAUAUAGUUUUUCAUAUUAGUAGACAGAGCAUUAGGAAGAAGUUCUUACCUUUCAAUUAUGCCCGUUUAAUUUAUCAAUAGGCGUUGGCGUAAACAUGACAACAUCGACAACGUCGACUCAGGACCCAGGACUAACACUUACAACGUCAGACGUGUUUUCUGAUCUUCUUCUGUACGUCUUGAUGCAUGAGAUGCAAUUUUUCUGUGCCGAUAUUUCGGUUUACGUGUUAUAUUUAAAAUAUCUUGUCGAAAUCGACGAAUCCUUUGUAAAGUAACACAUUAAACUAUAAAAAGACAAUAAUUCAUUAAUAUACCUAUGCUCCAACAUUUUUACUUCCCCAGGAACAUGUUCCCAAACAACAUUAUUGGAAUGUGCCUGUACCAGGUAAGUGAGAACAUUUUGAGAACAAAACUUUCCUAGCCUUCCAGUGGUAUGUUCCCUCACAAGGACGUUUUACUCCUUACUAAUCUCCUGUUUUUGCUUAGAAGUAAUUUUCAAGGGUCUGAUAUUGCUAGAGGUAAAUAACAGUCUGGGUAGAAGUCCUCUUUCUGCAAACUGACGAAUAUGCCUAAACUUUUAGACGAAAACCGAAUAUUACUGGAAAUAUCCAAAUAAAUCAGAAAGGUAUUCCAAAGCAGUUAACGAAUACUCCACGGAUCUGAUCGGUACGUAAUUUAUGCGUUAAUUAUAUUCAUAGUUGUUUUGACAGAUUUCGAAUAAUUCACAUUGAUCCGACUGUGUACAACUCGGCAUCUUGGUGCGAUUUAACCCACGACCUACUGCAAUGUCUGGAGUCCACCAAAUCGGAUACAGUAGCUGACGCUGCGGAAAGUUGGGCGGGUAACUUGACCCAAAUGUGAUUACACUCACGCCCUCGGAUGGGGCCUCCUAGCUCAGGUGGCUAAAGUGUUGGCUGUACUAAACCCUAUCCCUGAGUUCGUGGAUUAAGAUCCCACCGAGGCGCAGCGUUUUUCACAGUUGGGCCAAUAUGAGUCCAUCAUAUUGUUUUUUUCCGUAUUAUGUCUGUGCUUAUGUGUGAAGCUGAGGGUUUUUAAUUCAGUUUGUUUGAGGAUAAUAAAAAAUGUGUUUCCUCGCCUCCAGAUGGAGUUAACCAGUGCUUUCAGUGAAAAGAAUACCUGGUAAAAUUCUGCCCUUGUAGUGGACACUUUUGCAGAGUCAUUCCUAUUCAGAGUUGAAUCAUCUGGUGCGGCCCUAAACAGAGGGAUCUAUUAAGACGAAAAAUGGGAUUUAUGUGUAAUCACGCAGUCAAAUUAUAAAUCCCUUCUCAAAAAGACUCCGUUUAUCCGCAUUUUCUGAAUCAGUAUGAAAUUUGUUUGCAUCCUUCAGGCGUCCUUCUCACGUCCAUCGCAUUCGGCCUGGCGGCAAGGAAGGCCGGGGAGGCUGGGAAGCCCUUUUUGGACUUCUUUCAGUCCGUCUCUGAUGUCGUUCUCAAACUCGUGCGAGUGUUUUUGCAGUGAGUUCGAUUUAUGGCCGCAAACACUAAAAUAGCCUCGAAUAAAGUGAUGCAAAACAUUCGGAGUCAACUUAUAGUAAGCAUCACAUUUCAAUCUGCUCAGGUGCACACCCGUCGGAGUUGCUUUCAUGAUCGCCGCCGCCAUACUGAAUGUCAGCGAUAUUGCAUCAGCCUUUGCAGCACUGGGAAUGUUUGUCCUUACGGUGACGGCAGGUAUCGGUGUCCUGUUUUUCCUGUGCCUGAUCGUGUAUGGGGGAUUGGCUCUUCGAAAUCCCUUCGGCUUCCUACGCCAUAUAGCAAAGGCCUGGUUCAUCAGCUUUGCAACAACCAGCCCGUAAGCACAUAAAAAAUGUUCGCCAUUAUCUGCAAUGCCUUUGCACGCGUGUCUUAUCCAAACACACAUUUUGUUACGCAACUUUCCUUAGGAUACUUAUGUGUCAGAAGGAAGGUCAGCAACUUCAAUCCAUAAGCCUUAGUCAACUUCACCAGGUCUUAAAAUUCGUUGUGCUUGUUUACUCAGGUUGGCGGCCGGGAAUAAAACUAAGUUCUCUGGAGCAAAUUAAUGAAAGACAACGCCACAAAAGCAGGAGCAAUGGAGCAUUCGUCUAAAACGCGGAAAAAGAAAAUGCUACCGUUCCUCCAGGAGUGUCCCGAUCCGAUUUGUCACAAUUAAUUUACCAGUCAGUGCUUAUUCGUUGUUACGCUGUCAGGGAGCGAGUAUUUUGGGUGCAGGAAAAUAAACUUGUUUACUUGGUUGGUUGAUGUUGGUGAGUAUUUCAGUUGCGGAUCGAACUGCAGAUCCAGUGUUAGCGUUUAACUUUUCCGACUAUGCGAUGCGAGGCAAUAUCCACAGCAAUUAGAAACCUCUGAGCACCAAGGAGAUAAGUAGAGCUACGUAGUCAGAUUUAUCGUGUGAUCAAGUUGCCAGCAGCCUUAUGCAGAAAAACCUAGUAUCUGAUUCCUCUUCUGUGCUGCAAGGAUCCACAGGUAGUCUAAGUAAUAUUUCAUGCAAUUUCGACUUAGCAAUCUCGAGUGCACUAGAGUGACUUUAGAUUUCACACAAAGCAAAGCCCAGACAUACAAAACCGUCAGUAAUUGAAUAAGGAGCCUUGAAAUGCUAAAGUGUUCUGUAAUUAUAUUUUGUAUACAGAGGGGGUGUUUCUCAGCAACAGCAGGGAAAGGGCACUUAAUUCAUGAGAGCGCUUAAUUCUAUAUGUAUCCUAAAGCUUCAGAAUAGCUUUUCCGUCAUAAGAUAUGGUCAGCACAAAAGAUGUCUCACCUAAUCUUUUGUCGUUGUUUCAGUGAGCCUUUCACUUUAUACUGGCCCACUAAUUUUUGUUUUUUUUUGCCCCGAGACAUAAGAGGACAAAAGCGUAGAAUUUAACCAAUAAUAUAAAGGUAUAUCUCAUUAUUAUACUUUCUGCCGCCCAUGUGCUACAAUCUCUUCUAUUAAAUAAAAAUAUUGGACUGAAACUACGUUGGUGUAGCACACGUCACCAAAUUGGCUAACCUGGACAAUAUUCUAGGCCGUUCAACAAAAGGAAUGAUGUUUUAUUCUUACGCGUCAAAAGUCACAGCAACACUUUUAUUUCGGUCUGCCUGCUGCAUUUAGGAUAGUAUCGCUACCAGAAAUGUUCGAGGGUUGCGAUCAGUACGGCGUGGACCAGUCCAUCUCGAGAUUUGGCUGUCCUCUCAUGACAACCCUCAAGUCGGACGGACCAGCGGUCUUUAUUAGCAGUGCCGCCGUCUUCGUUGCACAAACAGAAGGAGAUAUGCCAUCAGCCGGGACACUAGUAAUCAUCUGGUGAGUCUGUUCUGCGUGAUUUUUGGAUGUCAAACGAAAUCAGAUUGGCUCAGCAGUAGAUUUCCUUAGGCUUCCGUAUAAAUUAUGAGAGUCUGGAGCUCUGGACGGAGCAUUAGUUAAACUGACGCCGUUCAAAUCCCACCCAUCGGAGAUUGUUCGAACUGCAGAAUAUUAAUUGAUGGUUUAUUGCUCUUUGUAAAGCAACCCGUGAUCAAUCGUACGCUUGAAACUUCUAUGGUUCUAGCCAAAUCAACAGAUUACACCAUAACAAAGUUUCAAAAUAAUUCACCUACUUCGUCUAUACCCAGUCUUUGCUACCGUUCAUAUCUGUCGGAUCCACAGUUCGUGGAUUUGUUUUGAUUUGGAAUAUUUACCAUUGACAUUUUUAGAGCCUUGGUCCUUUACCCAGCGGUAGAUAAUUUUACCUCAGUCUCACCGAAACUGUUCCAAUUCAACUGUCUCACCUCUGAUUCACAGAACACGGCCCGUUGUCGCGUUCAAAGCAGACUGAAAAUUGACCUUCUUCUUUCUCUGUCUCAGCUGUAGGACUGCUGUCUGCAUUUCUUGUUCGAGCAUGUGAGUGUGAGUACCAGCACUUCUGGAAAGCCCUCGUGCUCCUUUCCAGUGUUGUCUGCGGCAGAGAGACGGUAUUAAACUGGACGUAUGAUUGGCAGAUUGCGUGGGCACCCUAUGUGCCGAAACGCAUGUAGUGACCCUACAUCUGGCGCCUACCGCAACGCUACGCCUCUCAUGAGUGCUCGCACGUAGGCAUCAGCAACAGCCUGGUGUUGCCCCGCUCACUUAGCCGCUGUCAGUUUGUGCCGCUCUCCUUCUGUCCGCCUCACACUCCCGGUCGACUCGUUGCUGGUUUCUUGCGAGGCGCGUCACUAGCAUAGUGUGGUCUUGAAGCUAAUCAACGCAAAUUCGUUGCUGACUAGCUACAGGCGGUCACAACCUAUGCAGAUAACAGGCGUAGAUAAAACAGAAGCCUUAAGAGAUAGUUUGAGGCAAAUGCCUGCAGAGUCAUUCGGAACGCCGCUCCCGCGGCGCCGGACGUAUUCUCUCGUCCAACUGCCAGAUUAUUCAAACCGGUUCUCAAAUCGUCCUGUCCGGAAUAAAGUAUCCUUCUCAACUGGCGCCCAGCACCUUCUCUUUCUAAUCGGGUCUAAAGUUCGUAGUAGUUAGGGUCUCCUCUCUGGCUUAGACCGGUACGAUACGCGUAAAAACGGUUGGUAGUGAACAUCGACAUAAUUUAGGGCAACAGCAUGAUCCCAACGUAGGAGAGAAGAGACCUUUCAUUGCAGAUUAUCAGGUCUCGUUUUCUUCUCUCUAAAGACCAAUUCGGAAGUACAAUAAUUCUUUCGUACAGGGUAAGGUGAUAUCAUUCUAACAGCACAGGUACUAGCCAAAAGCCCAUACACGCGUGUUUCGCCGAUAUUCUGCCGCAGCAUGGCGCAGCUGCGAGGGGUUCGGCUCGUCAUUGGGUCCCCCAGCAUUCCCGUGUGUUUUCUGAUAGAUACUCCAAUUUAGAAAUUGUCGCUUUUUAAUUUCCUCAGAAAGUAUCUACGAACUUGGAGUAGCUAAGUUUAUUCAAGGUCUAUAGGCUUAGACCGAGAAUUUGAUUCAUAAAUAUUUGGGCCAAAGUCCAUCAGCCACAGCGAGUAGUCGCGUAAUAUUCAUUAACUGCCGAUAGGCAACUAGUAGUAUACUUUAGAGUAAGGUGAUACCAUACUAAAAGCGACAAAUUCUUUCCUACCUUAACAGGCUUUUAACAUCUGUCUCCGUACUGGCGAUCCCACAAAUCCCAAGCGCCAGUAUAAUCAUCACAAUGACCAUCCUCUCUUCGGCCGGUGUCUCAACGGCAAACACAGCUUACCUUUACGCCGUCGACUGGCUUUUGUAA